AGCAGCAGCAGCGGGGAGGAGUGAGCAGGGUGAGCAGGGUGAGGAGGGGUGAGGUGGCCAGCCGCUGAUCCGCCGGUAUCAUGGCUUCCUAACAGGAGGAGGGGAAGUGAUUGAGAGGAGGAAAAAAAAAAACAUUUUAUUGUUGUUGAAUGCCCGACAGAUAAUCGCACUAAUUCGCCUAGAACCUGAGCUCGGGAGACAAAGAAGGGGCUCGGCGGCCUCGCUUUGUUUUUAUCCUCCCCCCCGACAGGAGGACACGGACGGACACUUUUGAAUUUCUGUGUCGGUGAAUUUCCAUUCGCUAAAGCCCGUGUGGAAGAUGGCCGACCCGGCGGAGUGCACCAUCAAAGUGAUGUGCCGUUUCAGGCCCCUGAACAGCUCCGAGGUGACCAGAGGAGACAGAUACAUUCCCAAGUUUCAAGGGGACGAGACGGUUGUCAUCGGGGGCAAACCGUACAUGUUCGACAGAGUGUUCGGGUCAAAUACAACACAGGAACAAGUGUACAACGCCUGCGCCCAGAAGAUUGUAAAAGAUGUUCUGGAGGGAUACAAUGGAACGAUUUUUGCAUACGGGCAGACAUCAUCUGGCAAAACACACACCAUGGAGGGGAACCUCCAUGACACAGAUGCAAUGGGCAUCAUCCCCAGGAUAGUGCAAGAUAUCUUCAACUACAUCUAUUCCAUGGACGAAAACCUGGAGUUUCAUAUCAAAGUUUCAUAUUUUGAAAUUUACUUAGACAAGAUCCGGGACCUUUUGGAUGUGUCAAAGACCAACCUGUCAGUCCACGAAGACAAAAACAGAGUACCCUACGUCAAGGGCUGCACUGAGAGGUUUGUCUGCAGCCCAGACGAGGUCAUGGACACGAUCGAUGAAGGCAAAUCAAACAGACACGUAGCAGUUACAAACAUGAACGAGCACAGCUCCAGGAGUCACAGUAUUUUCCUGAUAAACGUCAAACAGGAGAACACUCAGACGGAGCAGAAGCUCAGCGGCAAACUUUACCUGGUUGAUCUGGCUGGUAGUGAAAAGGUCAGUAAAACGGGAGCAGAGGGAGCCGUGCUGGAUGAAGCCAAGAACAUCAACAAGUCUCUGUCGUCCCUGGGAAACGUCAUCUCUGCUCUGGCUGAAGGAACGGCCUACAUCCCCUACCGAGACAGCAAGAUGACCCGUAUCCUGCAGGACUCGCUGGGUGGUAACUGUCGAACCACCAUUGUCAUCUGCUGCUCGCCUUCCUCCUACAAUGAGUGCGAAACCAAAUCCACCCUCAUGUUUGGGCAAAGAGCAAAGACCAUCAAGAACACUGUCACCGUGAACAUCGAGCUCACAGCAGAGCAGUGGAAGCAGAAGUAUGAGAGGGAGAAGGAGAAGAAUAAGACCCUGAGGAACACCGUCACCUGGCUGGAGAACGAGCUCAACCGCUGGAGGAAUGGCGAGAGCGUUCCAGUGGAGGAACAGUUUGACAAGGAGAAGGCCAACGCCGAGGUUCAGGCCCUGGACAACAUAAUCAACGACAAGCCGGCCUCCACGCCCAACGUGCCGGGCGUUCGCCUCACCGACGUGGAGAAGGACAAGUGUGAGGCUGAGCUGGCCAAGCUUUACAAACAGCUGGAUGAUAAGGACGAGGAAAUCAACCAACAGAGCCAGCUGGCUGAGAAGCUGAAGCAGCAGAUGCUGGACCAGGAUGAGCUUCUAGCUUCCUCCCGCCGCGAUCACGAGAACCUCCAGGCAGAGCUGAACCGCCUGCAGGCGGAGAACGAGGCCUCCAAGGACGAAGUGAAGGAGGUGCUGCAGGCUUUGGAGGAGCUGGCCGUGAACUACGACCAGAAGAGCCAGGAGGUGGAGGAUAAAACCAAGGAGUUUGAGGCCAUCAGCGAGGAGCUUAACCAGAAAUCGUCCAUCCUGUCGUCUCUGGACUCUGAGCUCCAGAAGCUGAAGGAGAUGUCCAACCACCAGAAGAAGAGGGUGACAGAGAUGAUGUCUUCACUGCUCAAAGACCUGGCUGAGAUUGGCAUCGCCGUAGGCAGCAAUGACAUCAAGCAACACGAGGGCGGCAGCGGCAUGAUCGAUGAGGAGUUCACGGUGGCCCGUCUCUACAUCAGUAAGAUGAAGUCAGAAGUGAAGACCAUGGUGAAACGCUGCAAGCAGCUGGAAGGCACCCAGUCAGAGAGCAACAAGAAGAUGGACGAGAACGAGAAGGAGCUGGCUGCCUGUCAGCUGCGCAUCUCCCAGCAUGAAGCUAAAAUCAAGUCGCUGACUGAGUACCUGCAGAACGUGGAGCAGAAGAAGAGGCAGCUGGAGGAGAACGUUGACUCUCUCAACGAGGAACUUGUUAAGAUCAGCGCUCAGGAGAAAGUCCAUGCUAUGGAGAAAGAGAAUGAGAUCCAGACUGCCAAUGAAGUCAAGGAAGCGGUAGAGAAGCAGAUUCACUCUCACCGUGAAGCUCAUCAGAAGCAGAUCAGCAGCCUGAGAGACGAGCUGGACAACAAGGAGAAACUCAUCACCGAGCUGCAGGAUCUGAACCAGAAGAUCAUGCUGGAGCAGGAGAGGCUCAGAGUGGAGCACGAGAAACUCAAAUCCACCGACCAGGAGAAGAGCCGCAAGCUGCAUGAGCUCACGGUGAUGCAGGACAGAAGGGAGCAGGCCAGGCAGGACCUGAAGGGUCUGGAGGAGACAGUGGCCAAGGAGCUGCAGACUCUGCACAACUUGAGGAAGCUCUUUGUCCAGGACUUGGCUACCAGAGUGAAAAAGAGCGCUGAGAUGGACUCAGACGACACAGGUGGGAGUGCAGCUCAGAAACAGAAAAUUUCCUUUCUUGAGAACAAUCUUGAGCAGCUCACCAAGGUUCACAAACAGCUGGUGCGUGAUAAUGCAGACCUGCGCUGUGAGCUUCCAAAACUGGAAAAGCGCCUUCGUGCUACGGCUGAGCGGGUCAAGGCCCUUGAGUCUGCUCUGAAGGAGGCCAAGGAGAACGCUGCCCGCGACCGCAAACGCUACCAGCAGGAGGUGGACCGCAUCAAGGAGGCCGUCAGGGCCAAGAACAUGGCCAGGAGGGGACAUUCGGCCCAGAUCGCUAAGCCGAUCCGGCCCGGCCAGCAGCCCGUGGCAUCUCCCACACACCCCAACAUCAACCGCAGUGGAGGAGGCUUCUACCAGAACAGCCAGACGGUGUCCAUCAGGGGAGGAAGCAGCAGCAAGCCAGAAAAGAACUGAAGAACAGCGGGACAGAAGGACGACACCACUGAAGAAGCCAAUAUCACCCCCCGCCCACCCCGACAACCUGUCAUUCCAUUACAGCGAACAGGCUCCUCGUCGCUGCUCUGGAGCCACGAAGGAGUUUCUGAAUUAUAAAUAUAUAUAUAUAAAUAUUCCUGGCCUGUACAGCUCCAACCUCCCCUCCAACACCUCCACCCAGUUCCCCUCACUCCCCCCCCAACCCAAUCAUGACUUAUCUCUUUUUCUCUUACUGGAUAUAAUAAAAAAGAAAUUAAUGUAAUUUACAAAAGGCAAGGUAAUAUUCUUACCCACCGAACCAAACGCAGUCUUGAGCGCAGUCUCGGCAAGCGAAAAACCGCGAGCACCUCAAAACGUGUCGCUUCGGUUUUUCUUUUUGUUUUUGCACAGUCUGUCGUCAUCCGUCGUCGUGCGAGUAGUUCUGCACUGUGCCACGCUGAAUGUAAAGGGUAGCAAGAUCUGAAGAAGAAAAAAAAAACACGACCUGAAACUAAACAUAAAAAAAAUAAAUAAAAAAAGGAGACCCUACCAGGAGAAAUAGCUUGAUCUUAUAGGCUAACCUCUGUACAUUUCAUCAUGACUAUUAUCGGUUGUUAACCACACUUUUCUCUGGAUAGAUUUUACAUGCUUCUUUAAAGAAAAAAAACGACAAAAAAAACAACAAAACAAACUGUAAACGGUUUUGAAUUGACUAGAUGGCGUCGAGCACUACUGUUCUGUCCGGUCUUGUACAGAUGUAAAAUUGGCACUGCUGCACAUGCUUCCCCGGAGGUCGAAAGAGAAACAGACGGAGCGAGCUGUACGGGGGAAAAAAGGGGACACGGCAAAAAAAAAAAGAAGGAUUAAAAAGUUAAAAAAAAAAAAAAAAAAAAAAAAGCCAAGACGUGCGACAGUGUACUGUAGAUGUAUUUAACUAAAUACCUGUGGAGGCCAAUUGUUUUUAUCAUUAAGUUAAAAUAAAACCUAUACUCGUUAUUGGUGACUUCGUGAGAAGGAUGUAAAGAAUGUAGGACGGGAGAGAAUGAUCCGGUCAACACGACAAACUUCCACCUUUUUUUAGCCUAUGCUAAAGUAGCUAAAUGUACUGUUUUUACUUCUCUCCGCGUUAACGGACGCUAUUUAUAUCUCUGUGCACAUUGGAGCACAUAGACUGCAGCCGUGUAGACCGAGAUAACACACACACACACACACACACACACACACCACAAUGCUUGUCCUGUCCUAGCCGGGUCGCUGUCACUCACUCAUCUCCCGUUUUUUUUGUUUUUUUUUUGUAGUUGUGAACCCGAACCUGUCGACUCGAGAUUUCUUUUCAAGGGUGCCUCGCUUUGAUUUGUUUUUCUUCUCCCCUCUUUCACCCAUUUGGUUGUUUCUUUAUAGAUGUAGGACUGUACCCGCCCCCCCUUUUUAUCGGUUGUACAUUUGCAGAAAGUGAUGUGUUUUGCUGGGUUUUUAUGUACUGUAUUUCUUUAAUUGUUCCAUAGAUCAUGUUAUAGACGCGUUAUCUGAAAAAAGCGGCGGGCGUGGGGGUGUCGAGUCGGUCAGAUCCUUGCUGCUGAUCAGCCAAUCAGGAGAGCAGGGUCUAAAAAUUGCACAACAAUCUUCUGUUUAUCAUCUGGAGGAAGUGUUUUAUUUAACUAAAUCUAGUCAGGGGUGUAGGAUUUAUUUUGUGUUUUGUUGUCUUUGUUGUUUUUUUUUAGUGUCAUUUCAUGAUUUUUCAUUUAAAUUCCCCCACGGCUUUUUUUUUGUUGUUUUUUUGUUUUCAGCCUGUGAUGAAGCCCCGGUGCAUUUGGCAAAAAAAAAAAAAAAAAAAAAAAAAGAGCUUGUCGUGAUUGUAACCUCCAAGCGUGAGAACACUAACAUCUUGUGCAAGUGCAAUAUAUUGUAAAAUACACUGUAUAUCAGUCGACGGGCGGGUGUGAUCAGGGUGUGCUCGCAGCAGUAAACCUGCCACGUGGAGUCAAAGUCCUGCUCCCUCUUUCCCCGUUAGAUUCUGUUCUGCUGACACUCGGUUCUCGAUGUGUUUCCUCAUUCACGGCUUCUUUCUGACGAGCUGGAACACAACAGAGUUUUUCUACUGCUGUACUGGACAGUAAACUCUAUGUACAUGAUGAGAUGGUCAGACUUUACUAACCAGUGCAGUAUUUAGAAAUACGAAUUGUUCGACUGCAAAAUACAUUUUUUGGGCUGAGAGUGGAACAAAUCUAGCUGGGAAAAGGGGGACUUUGGCUUUUUUCGUUAAAAUGUCAUGCUAAAACCUGCUAUCUUGUAAGAGUUGGGUGUGAUGGCACUUCUUCACAGUACCUGCGCUCAUAAAAACACUCCAUGUGUGGCUGUUUUUGAAGAAGUUUCCAAAGCCCUGUAAAUGUUUGUUGACAGCAAAAAUAAUCGAUGUAGUAUUAAUUACUUUCUACAAGCUGCAGGAGUAGCUCCCCCGUAUCUAUGACAGGACAGUGUUUGGUGUCUAUCGAGAUGGUUUAUUCCCUCUGUGUUCAUCUUUUAGAUUAGUCAAGACUUUUGCAGCAUGGACCUCAAAAUGUUUAUUCUUUGACCUUCCACCAAAACUGGAUAUGAAAUGGGGAAAAAAGAAAAAAAAUCGUAAAUAAAAACAACAAAGAAUAUUUGUGGUGUUUACCUAAAUUUGAAUUUUGCAUUAAUUCUAAAUUAAAAACAAAGUGUAGCCACUUUUUUUAUUACUGUGUAAUAGUUGGUCAAUUUUUAAAGGGCAGUUUUGAGGAUCCAUCAGUGGACAAGGUACUGGAUCAUUCCUGGAGAACUGGGGCACAAAUAGCAGGGCUCUGAUACGGACGGAGAUGGGAAGUUCAUGAGAUCACAGUUUUGGAUUGAUUGCAUGAUGUAAAUGUAUGUGUGAUUAAAUAAUUAUGAGAAAACA